AUGGAACCCGAUAUGUUAUCUCCUGUCAGUGCGGAUGGAGAUAAGCAGGAUGAAGCUGAGAUGCAUACCGCCACUAAUCCACGAAAUCCUUCGCCAUCCUUAGGUUACGAUUUCUCGAAUGUUAGAUUGUUACCCAUCGUCACCAUCUCCAAAUUACGACCUGGUCGAAAUCAACAUGUCGACAUGAGAGAAUCAUUUUUAUGUGGAUAUUUACUGCAUUCAAGCCUGACCGAAGACCACCCUACCCUUACGACCUAUUUCGAAGGGGAGAUAAUUGGAUCAAAAUAUUCAUUCUUCACACAACACGAAGAUUGGGGGUCUACAGAUAAAGUCGACUUAACACACUGGGCAAAGUUUCAAGCCUUCCGUCCUUUUCAAAAAUCUGCGAAGAAAGGAAACUGCCAAAUACCAAAUCUAGCACAACGAGAUAAUAUUUUUAUGAGAUGGAAGGAACACUUCCUCGUUCCUGAUCAUCGUGUCAGAACAAUUAGCGGUGCAAGCUUCGAAGGGUUCUAUUACAUUUGCUUUAAUCAGGUUGAGGGGAAAGUUACUGGAAUAUAUUUUCACGCGAAGAGCGAGAAAUUUCAACAACUAGAUUUGAAACAUGUUGAGGAUAGGGGGUGUUUCCAGGCAGUGGAGUUUAGAUGA